CCCCUGGCGAGGUUGGGGGUGCUGAAGGCACCCUCCCACAAGACAAGGGUCCGUGCAGCAGAGGCCGGAGAGCAGUCCCUGGGGGGUCCCGGUGCAGGGGGCGCUGGCCCCCACCGCCCCCCCUCCCGCUUAGCUGGACAAUGAGUCCUCUUAUGCUAAUGAGGGGCUUACGUCACUUCCGCUCUUUCUCGGCCGCCAUUUUGGCUAGGGCAGGUUCGGGGACUCGCUCCGAGGCGCUUGUAUUGUCUGCUGAGGGGAGACGCGGGACCAGCCCCCUCCCCCGCCCGCCGCAGCCGCCACUACCGCCGGCCCGGUCUACCCGCCGCCGCCGCCGGGACCCAUGAGCUGAGCGCCCGCCCCCCGGCCGCCGCCAUCUUGGCCCCCUCCCCCUCAGCGCCGCGCUCGGGGGGAUUUGGCGUCUCCUCAGACACAGCUCCCUCUCUCGGUCCCCGCCGCCGAGGAGCCGCGCGGCUGUCGCCGCCCGCCCGCCCGCGACGGUGAAGCCGCGGCCCCACGCCCUCCGCCACCCUCCGCCCCUCCUUUGUCUGCACUGCCCGCGCCGCCGCCCGCCGCUCUGCUGCGCCCGCCGCGCCCCCCGGCAGCAGCCGCGGCCGCGGCUCGAGCCGGAGCCCGAGCGCGACGAGGCCCCGGGCGCGUCCUCGCCGCCAUCGCCGUGCCGCCGCCCGCCCGCCGCCGGGCCCCGGAGCACGCCGGCCCCGCGCACGCCUCGAGGCCGAGCCAAGGUGUGAGAUGCACAAUACGAAACCUAGGCCCCAACUUUUACACCGUGAUGCACAGGGUUGCACUUUUUGUACUGAACUGAUAGGUGGCCUAGUGGUUAUUCCCUGUCCUGCCAUUUUGAGGAUCUGGACUCCGUCCUCUGCCUUGCUCUUUGGACUGCAUUGUCAAUUCACACCGCAAAUAGCAGCUUUACUGACAACCCUACCUCUCAAGAAGUUUGACAUUGAAGUCUAUAUACCAAACCAGAAACUAUGUUCCAACUUCCUGUCAACAAUCUUGGCAGUUUAAGAAAAGCCCGGAAAACUGUGAAAAAAAUACUUAGUGACAUUGGGUUGGAAUACUGUAAAGAACAUAUAGAAGAUUUUAAACAGUUUGAACCUAAUGACUUUUAUUUGAAAAACACUACAUGGGAGGAUGUAGGACUGUGGGACCCUUCACUUACAAAAAAUCAGGACUAUCGGACAAAACCUUUUUGCUGCAGUGCUUGUCCGUUUUCCUCAAAAUUCUUCUCUGCCUACAAAAGUCAUUUCCGGAAUGUCCAUAGUGAAGACUUUGAAAAUAGGAUUCUCCUUAAUUGCCCUUACUGUACCUUCAAUGCAGAUAAAAAGACUUUGGAAACACACAUUAAAAUAUUUCAUGCUCCAAACUCCAGCGCACCAAGUAGCAGCCUCAGCACUUUCAAAGAUAAAAACAAAAACGAUGGCCUUAAACCUAAGCAGGCUGACAGUGUAGAGCAAGCCGUGUAUUACUGCAAGAAGUGCACUUACCGAGACCCUCUUUAUGAGAUCGUCAGGAAGCACAUCUACAGGGAACAUUUUCAGCAUGUGGCAGCGCCGUACAUAGCAAAGGCAGGAGAAAAAUCACUCAAUGGUGCAGUCCCCCUGGGCACAAAUGCCCGAGAAGAGUGUAACAUCCACUGCAAGCGAUGCCUUUUUAUGCCCAAGUCCUAUGAAGCUUUGGUACAGCAUGUCAUUGAGGACCAUGAGCGGAUAGGCUAUCAGGUCACUGCCAUGAUCGGGCACACAAAUGUUGUAGUUCCCCGAGCCAAACCCUUGAUGCUGAUUGCUCCCAAGCCUCAAGAGAAAAAGGGCAUGGGACUCCCACCAAGAAUCAGUUCCCUUGCUUCUGGAAAUGUCCGGUCUUUGCCAUCACAGCAGAUGGUGAAUCGAUUGUCAAUACCAAAGCCUAACUUAAACUCAACAGGAGUCAACAUGAUGUCCAAUGUUCACCUGCAGCAAAACAACUAUGGAGUCAAAUCUGUGGGCCAGAGCUAUGGUGUUGGCCAGUCAGUGAGGCUGGGUCUAGGUGGCAAUGCUCCAGUUUCCAUCCCCCAGCAGUCUCAGUCUGUGAAACAGUUACUUCCAAGUGGAAAUGGGAGGUCCUAUGGGCUAGGUGCUGAGCAGAGGCCCCCAGCAGCAGCCAGGUACUCCUUGCAGACUGCCAACACCUCUUCUCUACCCCCUGGCCAGGUGAAGUCUCCUGUGUCUCAGUCACAGGCAUCUAGAGUAUUAGGUCAGUCCAGUUCUAAACCUCCACCAGCAGCCACGGGCCCUCCUCCAAGCAACCAUUGUGCCACUCAGAAGUGGAAAAUCUGUACAAUCUGCAAUGAGCUUUUUCCCGAGAACGUCUAUAGUGUUCACUUUGAAAAGGAACAUAAAGCUGAGAAAGUUCCAGCAGUAGCUAACUACAUUAUGAAAAUACACAAUUUUACUAGCAAAUGCCUCUACUGUAAUCGCUAUUUGCCCACAGAUACCCUGCUCAACCACAUGUUAAUUCAUGGUCUGUCUUGUCCAUAUUGCCGCUCAACCUUCAAUGAUGUGGAAAAGAUGGCAGCACACAUGCGAAUGGUUCACAUUGACGAAGAGAUGGGGCCUAAAACGGAUUCUACUUUGAGCUUUGAUUUGACGUUGCAACAGGGGAGUCACACCAACAUCCAUCUCCUGGUGACCACUUACAACCUGAGGGAUGCCCCAGCAGAAUCAGUUGCUUACCAUGCCCAAAAUAAUGCCCCCGUUCCUCCAAAGCCACAGCCAAAAGUUCAGGAAAAAGCAGAUGUCCCUGUUAAAAGUUCACCUCAAGCUGCAGUUCCCUAUAAAAAAGAUGUUGGGAAAACGCUUUGCCCUCUUUGCUUUUCAAUCCUAAAAGGACCCAUAUCUGAUGCACUUGCCCAUCAUUUACGAGAAAGACACCAGGUUAUUCAGACAGUUCAUCCAGUUGAGAAAAAGCUAACCUACAAAUGUAUCCAUUGCCUUGGUGUGUACACUAGCAACAUGACAGCCUCAACCAUCACCCUGCAUCUAGUCCACUGCAGGGGUGUGGGGAAAACCCAGAAUGGCCAGGACAAGACCAAUGCACCCUCUCGGCUCAAUCAGUCCCCAGGCCUGGCCCCUGUGAAGCGCACCUAUGAGCAGAUGGAGUUACCUCUGCUGAAGAAGCGAAAGCUGGAAGAGGAUAGUGACUCCCCCAGCUGCGUUGAAGAGAAGCCUGAAGAACCUGUUGUUUUAGCUUUAGACCCCAAGGGUCAUGAAGAUGAUUCUUAUGAAGCUAGGAAAAGCUUUCUCACAAAGUACUUCAACAAACAGCCCUAUCCCACCAGGAGAGAAAUUGAAAAGUUAGCCGCCAGUCUGUGGCUGUGGAAGAGUGACAUUGCUUCCCAUUUCAGUAACAAGAGGAAGAAGUGUGUCCGCGACUGUGAGAAGUACAAGCCUGGGGUGCUGCUGGGCUUUAACAUGAAAGAGUUAAAUAAAGUCAAGCACGAGAUGGAUUUUGAUGCUGAGUGGCUAUUUGAAAAUCAUGACGAGAAGGACUCAAGAGUCAAUGCUAGUAAGACUGUGGACAAAAAGCUUAACCUUGGGAAGGAAGAUGACAGCUUCUCAGAUAGUUUUGAGCAUUUAGAAGAAGAAUCCAAUGGAAGCGGCAGCCCUUUUGACCCUGUCUUUGAAGUUGAGCCUAAAAUCCCUAGUGAUAAUCCAGAGGAGCAUGUACCGAAGGUAAUUCCUGAGGAUGCUUUGGAAUCUGAGAAGCUAGACCAAAAAGAGGAGGAGGAGGAGGAUGGUUCGAAAUAUGAAACUAUCCGUUUGACUGAGGAACCAACCAAACUAAUGCAUGAUGCCUCUGACAGUGAGGUGGACCAAGAUGACGUAGUUGAGUGGAAAGAUGGUGCUUCACCAUCUGAGAGUGGGCCUGGCUCCCAGCAGAUCUCCGACUUUGAGGACAACACAUGUGAAGUGAAACCAGGAGCCUGGUCUGAUGAGUCUUCCCAGGGUGAAGAUGCAAGGAGCAGGAAGCCAGCUGCCAAAAAAAAGGCUACGGCGCAAGGUGACACGGAGCCGGUGAAAUGGAAGAACAGUUCCUAUGGAAAAGUUGAAGGGUUUUGGUCCAAGGACCAGUCACAGUGGGAAAAUGCAUCUGAGAAUGCAGAGCGCUUACCAAACCCACAGAUUGAGUGGCAGAAUAGCACAAUUGACAGUGAGGAUGGGGAGCAGUUUGACAGCAUGACUGAUGGAGUUGCUGAUCCCAUGCAUGGCAGCUUAACUGGCGUAAAACUGAGCAGCCAGCAAGCCUGAGGGCCUGGCACACCACGGCACAUGGGCCAUGUUGCAUCCUGGGCCUCUGUUCUGACUGCAAAGCUGUCUUCUAACUGGCACUGCCUUGCAAGGACUGGUCAGUCAACAGGCUGUUGGGGACAUGUAACCACUACAGCCUCAGUGGUUAUUUCUAAGUCUAUGACAUGUGAUUGGUUGAUCUUGCUUCAGACCCUUCUCUGGUAGACUCAGUAAUGAAGUGUGAAAAACCAAUAAGCUGGUGGCCCAUGAAUGCACACAGGGGAAGGCAGGUCUUUACUUGCCUUUCCAGCAUUUCUUUCCCUCAGUAAGAUGUUUGGUUGGAUGUCCUGGGAAAGCCUUACCCUGAUUCACAUAGUAGUGCAGGGCGGGCAUACAUGCUACCAGUCAGGUUUGUCUAGUAGACUUGGGAACAUGGACCUUUUUCGUGUAUUCAUUCUGAAUAGUUGAAAUGUAUAUUUGUACAGUCUUUUAGACCUCAAGUGAUGCUUAUGACACUGUUACUGUGUGCCCGUCAUAGAUUGGUUUUUAGUGUUGCCCUUGCUGUGUGAUAAAUGCUAUAUCUAGUUUACCUAGCAGAAGCUUGACCCUGCGAUAGUACGGACCUUUGGACAGACUUAGUUUUUGCACAUAACCUUGUACAAUCUUGCAACAGAGGCCAGCAACAUAAGAUAUAUAUCUGGACUCUCCUGUAUUAUAGACUUUUUUUUCUUGUUCUGAGUAUCCUUGACAUUACAAUUGUCAAAACUGAUAUUUCAGAUCUCUUUAUGAGACCUUUUAAGCUAAAAUAACAUGCAAGAAUUGAUUUUACAGCUACUAAUUUUGACACCUUUUAGAUCUGUAAGAGUGUUGUGUCAGAGCAGCAAGCACAGUGGAGUGCUGCAUUUGGGAUAUUUAGUUUCCUCUUUAGUUGAGCACCGCCGAGUGUAUUCAUUUAUACCAUCUAAUAUAUGACACACUGUUGUAGUAUGUAUGAUUUGUGGUCUUUAUUUCCCUUUGUAUUCAUUUUAAGCAUCUAAAUAAAUUGCUGUAUUGUGCUUAAUGUAAA